AUGGAAGAAACUGCAAGGAAAUCAACUGAUACAGUAGUAAGUGCGAAGUCAUCGCAUGAUGCUAGUGCCAAUGAUUUGACACACCUUUUCAACACGCCAGAGAUCAAGAAGGUGCUAAAUUCAGAUGUGGCAAUUAAUGCUUUGUUGAGUCGUUUAAAGCAGUCGCUUUUGACUUGUGAAGAAUUUAUGAAGUUUGUUAGAAAGAAAUACGUUUUCGAGGAAGAACACGUCCAGGAGCUUUCUAAGCAAUACAAGCAUUUCUUUAACGUUGACGGUUCAACAAAUUCAUCUUUAAAAAAGAUGAUCCAUGAAGUAUUGGGGUUUGAUGGAAAGAUGGCUCAGGUGAAGCAAAGUUACAUCACUGCCUUACAGAAAAUGUAUUCGGAAAUUAGUAGUCUUCUAUUAACUAUGACGAAGCUAAGAAAGUCUGUCAAGGAAAACAGCAAAAGAUUAGAAAAGGAUGUUUCAGAUGCUAUACAUAGCGCAGAAAAGGCCCAAUCUCGCUACAAUUCGUUAUGUCAGGAUUGGGACAAAUUAAGAAUGACCGAUCCAACAAAGACCAAGCUGACCUUGAGAGGUUCUAAAACUACGAAAGAACAGGAAGAAGAAUUGCUAAGGAAAAUCGAUAAUGCCGAUCUGGAAUAUAAGCAAAAGGUGGAUCACUCCAAUUCUUUAAGAAACACGUUCAUAACGAAGGAGAGACCGAAAAUUGUCCAAGAAUUAAAAGAUUUGAUCUUAGAGAUAGAUACAGCGAUGACUAUUCAACUACAGAAGUACACAAUAUGGACGGAAAAUUUAGUCCUAAAUACAGGUGUCACGAUAAGCCCUUUAGACUCCACCAAAUCUAUGAAGUCUUUUGCUGGAUCGGUUUCCAGUGAGCGCGAUCUUUACAGCUUUUUGAAUAAAUAUAACCAAACAGGAAAGCAUUCCCUUUUGAUUAACAAAAAUUUGAUUCCUGUAUCUUACAAAAAGCACCCAUCGAUGAACCAUGGGCAAAAGAAUAAGAAUCCUCCAAAAUUUGCCGUAGAUCCUUCAAGAAAUUCUAUCCCAAAGAGAAUGAUAUCUACUCAUAAUGAAUCACCUUUUUUGAGCAGUAAUAACGCCAUUGCUGUCCCAAAUACCAACCCUAACGGUGCCACACCGUCUCUAAAUACAAAUAAACAACUUCCACCUACCAUGGCUUCAUCUGUCUCUUCAACCAAUACCGCUGCUGGCGCCAUGUCACCGUCUUCUUCUAUAUUAACCAACGACACCACAUCAUCUAUAACAAAAACUUUGGAUCCUGGUAAUAAUAGUCCACAGAUUCCGGAAGAAUUGAUCAACUCCUUGGAUUCGGACCGUCCGAUUUCUCAUAUCCAGACCAACAACAAUAUGCCUCCUGGGGUCCAAAAAAAUUUCAAAACAUUUGGUGUACCACUAGAAUCAUUGAUAGAAUUCGAACAAGAUAUGGUCCCUGCGAUAGUACGUCAGUGCAUCUACGUUAUUGACAAAUAUGGUCUUGACCAAGAAGGAAUUUACAGAAAGUCAGCAAAUGUACUUGAUGUUAGCAAGUUAAAGGAGGAUAUUGAUAAGGAUCCCGCCAACAUAUCUAUGAUUUUACCUUCAAAGCCACAUUCUGAGUCGAAUAUUUAUUUAGUAGGAUCAUUACUGAAAACAUUUUUUGCAUCACUGCCUGAUAGUGUUUUACCAAAGGCUCUAUCUUCGGAGAUCAAAGUUUGUUUACAAAUUGAAGAUCCGACAACAAGGAAAAAUUUCAUGCAUGGACUAAUAUACAAUCUUCCCGAUGCUCAAUAUUGGACCUUAAGGGCCCUUGUUUUCCAUUUGAAACGAGUAUUGGCACAUGAGGCUCAAAACAGAAUGAAUUUAAGAGCUCUAUGUAUAAUUUGGGGGCCCACUAUUGCACCUGCAAAUCCAGAUGAUGCUAAUGAUGUAAAUUUCCAAAUUAUGGCGAUGGAAGUAUUAUUGGAGGUUUCAGACCAAGCUUUCGAACCUGAAUGA